UUUUUAAUGUUGUAACUUAAUUAAAUAGUUUACUUUCAACGAUACGCCGUAACUGUCCUCAACAAUUUAAUUGAUAUUUCAAGACUUUCAUCAAUUUUGAUUGAAUAUGUGGAGUAAACAAUGAAAAAUAAAAUUUUAAUUUUGUAUGGUGUUUCAUGCUUGUUGUGUGGCGUAUCGUGUUGGACACUCAAUGAUCUUUACAAUGACUAUGUUAGCGCAAUAACGCAUAAAAAGAAACACUCCAGUCAUCACGAAAAACGCGCUGAAAUAGCUAACGCAUGGAGUGUUCCUGAAACUAUUAAAUAUGAAACGCAAAAGCAUGACCGUCCUUUAAAAAAAUUGAAUACUAUUAAAAUAAAAAAUCUGGACAAAAAAGAUGCUCAUGGGAAAAAUGAAUACUUUAACUUUAAACCUACUGAAGGAAUUUCACAAUUUAUAAUUAGUCCGCAAUCGUCCUUGCAUUCUUCUACUAAUUCAUCUUCUCCGGGAAAAGAUAACGAUAAAAAACAUCAAGUCACUGCGUGGACUGAAUGGUCGGUAAAUUUAUUAGAACCGCAAAAUCCACUUUUAAAAAUUGAACAUGAAAAAGAAACUAGUAAACUAAAACUUGAAAAACCGACAAGUUUUUCAAACCCGACAAAAAAAGACGAUAAACAUUUAGUGAAAGUUCCUUUUUCUAAAAUAUUAAAUGGUGAUUCAAAUAUUUUGUCUGUUUCAAAAAUAACUUCUCAUGAAAUAAAACAUUCAACUAGUAAAAACCAACCAAUUGAAAUAAAAAAUAACACAAUAAAAAUAAACAACUUACAGGCAGCGCCAUCUUCAUCUAAAAGUCCUUCAUCUCUAAUUAAAGAACAAGUACAUCAUGCUCUGAAAUUUAAAGAAGAAGAAAAAACUGAAUUUCUUCACGAUGAAAAUAUUGAAGUGAAUAAAAUAGAAAAGCACAAUGAGUCAAUGGGUGAGAACAAAUCUAAAGAAACUAUAAUAGUAAAAGCUGAUCACAAUCGUCCGUCAAAAAGAAAAGAACCUAAUUUAGACAAAACAACUGUCAUUGCUGAAACACUUGGUGAACAAAAAACAUCUGUAUCACUUGUAACACCUUCUGAUCAUAAAAGAGAUAUCACCGAACUUCCAGAAAUACAUGAAAUUAUAUCUGGAAAUUUCAAUCGUCAAGUUUUCAAACUUCACGACUGUUUCAUCGAAGCAACAUCAAAUGUUUGUGCCACUAAAAUGCAAAUUAAUCCAGAUACAUGUGGGGGAAAAGCUUCGUUUACUGCAGUAAUGACUCGUCUACUUCCAGCUAUAGAACUUGCUGCUGCGUCAAAUGAACUUAUAGUGCAUGGUAAAUUUGAUGUAAAAGAAUUUGAUAUUGAUAGAUGUCAGGGAAGAGUGUCUUUUAAUUUAUUAUGUAGAGAGCUACUUGAUAUAAUUCCUAAUAGAUUACGAACAAUUUCAAGCAAACUAAUGGUUAAUUUUAGCUAUGAACAGCAACCUAAGUCAAUGAUUAAUUUCAAUUUAAAAAUCAAUGGCUUAUUAAAUCUAGAUUAUCGAAAUCGUCGUCUCAAUGUUUUUGCUGAAAAACCAUUUGGUACCACAUUGUUUAAAAUAGAGAUGAAUACUGCAGACCUAGAAAUUCCUGAGUUUACAAAACUGUUUACUGAAUCAGAAAUUUCACAGCAGGAUUUACCACCAGAUCUUUUAACACUUUCAUCAUCUUCAUUGCGCAACCCUCGUAUAACUGGACUUUAUGACAGCGGUGGAGCUUUUGAGUUUGUAGCAUCAGCAAAAAGUCCUGCAUCAAUUUUCCCCUCUCAGCCUUGGGUGUAUUUAAUUAUACAAAAACCACGUUUAGGAAAAGUGGUUUCAGGUUUGAUUGCCAGUUUUGAAGGUGCAAUGUACCGUUCAUCUUUGUCAGCCAUUUUGAAUUUAGAUCUCUCAAAUAUUCCAUUGUUUAGCGAUAUAAAAACAGAUAUGGCUGUUGGAAUUUCCCCCGAUGGACUUUUUGUAGUAAAAGAUGAGAAUUUCAAUAAAGAAGUAGGUACGCUGUUUAGCUCAGGGCGAACAAUACGUAAAGGUCUUACAGUGAAAGCAAAACUUCCAAUUCAGAAAAUUGUAUUUGAAUCUCUAAGCAAGUUUAUAAGUAACCAAACAUACCCUGAAGACAUUCUAGUUAACAUGGAGGUAAAGGGAAAUAAAAUUCACAUAGAUUUCCCAGAGAGUUUGAAAAUAAACUUAGGAAGUAUUCCAGAAUUAUUUUCCCAACGUGGUCAGGAAAUGACAUUACCGAGAAACACAUUGAGUAUUGGUGAAACCCAGUUUCAAAUAAUGUCUUAUGACAUAAACAAUGUUGAUAAAAAAUCUAUAACUGUUAACUUCAAAUCUCCUCAAAAUAUGAAAAUAGGAUCAUUAAUGGUCCUUAGCGAUGUUGAAGCAAUUCUGACACGUGAUGAAAUGUCUAAGUGGGAUUUUGUAGCCAAAGGGGAUUGUAAAUUAGGAAAUACUUCUGUACCUAUCUCCUUAACGUCUAUUUAUGAAGAGUUUGUAAUAACAAGCAAGCCAAGCUCAAUAAGAUCCGGCUUUCUUGUUAGCUUGUUAGACAAAAAGCGAAGUUAUUUGACAUCAGAUCUUCGAAAGUAUCAUUUAGAUGAUUUUGUGAUUGAAGAUUUUAAAGUUAGUGGUAGCUUAUCAAAAAGAAACAUAAUCAGAUUUUCAGGAAAACCCGCAGUAUUUGGUGUAGAAGAAGGAGUCAUAGAAUUUGUUGCUACGGAAGAAGUUGAUGCAGAUGAUGUAGUUGUCAUGGGUUUACUUUUUAAGGAUGUUGACAUGGAUAAUGUAUUUGGAAGAAUGCUUGAUAAAAAAAUUCAAAGAAGAAGUUGGGCAACUGGCGUUAAUGUUGGUUUGAUUGUAAGUCCUUUAAAUAAACUGGUUGAUUUCCAGUUUGAAUCACCUGGUUUAGCAAAAACUAAAGUUCAACCUGGAGUUCACCUGCGAGCACUUAUAAAACGACCAUUCUAUAAUUUGUGUAAAGGCGAUUCGCUAUGCAAGGUUCUGUCAUCAGAAAUGCCACAUGGAAGCGCAUUUCAUCUUGAUGGAGGAAUUACAAAUGGUGAGUUGAAACUAAGCGCUGCAGUUGAUGGGGCACUAUACAUGUCAAAAUCAUUUGAAAUGAAAGACGUCACUUUUCACGCAGAUGUUGUUGAUAACGGAGUUCAGUUUUACGUAUUUGGUUCAAUGAACCCUCGUGGAGUAGAUAUUCCUUUUUCAGGUGAUAUGCGUGUUGAUAACACAGGGCAAUUAAAGCUAAAUAUGAUAUCGCAGAAUAGUUGGGAGGAACCUUUUGGGUUAAGCAACGUACAUUUAGAUAAUUGCUCUCUAAGUGCAGCUUUCGAACCCGGUUUACCAUUACCUAAUUUUGAUAUGAUAGGGCGGUUAGUACUUGGUAAAAAUUCCGAUGAUGCAAUUGGCAUUGAAGCAGUUGCUAAUAUUAAAUUGAACUUGCAAGAUCCAUCUAAAAAUACAUUUCAAGCCAAAAUACGAGAUUUAUCGUUUGAAAAACUGGCAUCUGCAUUUGGGACUAAGCAACCAUUACUUCGUUUUCAAUCGCAAGCAAGAUUUUUGGAUGAAGCCAUUGUAACAUUUGAGCAAACGGAUAAAGAAAAUGAUGAAAUAGGAGGCGAAAUUGGGGCAGAGCGAAGAGAUGUUAAUUCAUCUGAUUUUCAUUAUAAAGGUGAAUUGAAAAUUAAUGGCCGAAUUCAUUUAUUGGGGGAAAACGCCGAAUAUACAAUCAAAUUCCUUCAACAUCAAACUCAGCUACUCAUUGAAGUUUGGCUUCCUGACAUUGGAAUAAAUCAAGGUUUAUUAACAGUGCGAGCGGGUUUAAAACAACGUUCUGGCUCAGAAACAAAAGUAUCUAAUGGACCUACUUUGCUAAUUCGAAUGGACCCCCAAACAAAUUCGGCAGUUGUUGUGGGAAAAGUUUCUACUUUAGGUUUUUCACGAAUCAGCGCUAUCAAAGUUUCAGACAAAGGAUUUUCUACAACUACCUAUGCCUCACUCCCAGGAAAUAUUAAAACAAAUAUUUCAUUACUUUCACCGUUUCAAGAAAGCAUUCAAAAUGCAGACUUUCAGUUAGCUGCCUGCCUUCCAAUUUAUAACAAUGUCAAAAGUUCUUUGUUUAAUCUUCUACGAAAUACGGCUACUCAAACUAAAAAAACUCUAAUAUCUGCAGAAGAACGUGUGACUACAACUGAAAAUAUUUAUGAAACCACAAAAUCAAUGAUUGAAAAAUACAAAAAAAGGUCAGGGGAUUAUACAAAAGAUAUAAAAAGCAUGGCAGAAGUUAUGAAAAAACUCAGAAACGGAAUUAGACGACAUUGUGUUAAAGAUUGUGGAGAUUCUUGCAUGGGAUUACCUACUUGGAGAAAAAGAGGUAUUCUGUUAGGAGGACGAAAUGCUAUUGGAGCUCCCUUUUGGGACUCUUGUCGUCAUAAAAUACCUGACCUUAAUUGUAUAACUCGUUGUCUUGGUCGGAAGGUCAUCGAAAAUGUGAAAGCUAAUAAUAAGCAAAUUGAACUUCAGAAACUGAUGAGUUCUUUAGCCGAUACUAAAAGAUCGUUACAAGACGCUAGAUUACUCGUUAAUCGCGCUCGUAAUCUUGUGGAUUCAACUUUAAAUGGUUUAGAAAAGGUAAAUAAAGAAAUUCGUGUAGGAGUUGAUAUAUCAAAGUUCUUGAAUGAUGCUCAAGUUGAAAAGUCGAUUGAUGUUACAGGAAUUUGCUUUAAAGACAGUCUUGAUAAUGCAGAAAGAUCUCUUAUAAAACUUUUAGUGAACGGAACUUUUCACGGGGAACCCAAAGUGUUUUCUGUGAAAGCUGCACUAGAUGGAAAUCUAGAUCAAAAUAUUGCUGAGGGAAUAGCUGAUAAUCUAUACCCAGGUUUUUUUGAGUUUAGCAAAAACUUAGAACAAGUAAAAAUGUUAUUGAGCAAUCUUGACGGUGAACGACAAGAUAUAACAAAAGAGAUCGACAAAACUACCGACGGAUCAAUUCAGACAGACCAAAAAAGUCCGUUGUUCUGGACCCCAGAAGAAGAUGAAUAUAGAAAGCUAGCAUUUGGUGAAUUACCUCGCUUUACUUUAAGCGAUGACGAAACAAUUCAUGCAUUUGAAGAAAGAUCUCUUUGGCAAAUUGCACCUUCAAACGAUCCUUUAUUUGAUAAAGCUCCAGGAGAUAACCAAAUAUUGGCCAACGAUGCAACGCCUGAUAACCAACCAUUUGUAAAGGAGAUAGAAAGGAAAACAAGUUGCGACCAAUUAAAAAGUAGCGUAAACCGAUAUAGUGAUAUAAUUAAUCCGCUAGCCGAAUUUACAGAAGAUUUCUUACAGGAGAAAAUAAUGUUCUAUAGACAAAAAAAUAGAAGAUUAGCUGAUCUCAGAAUGAUUGAUGAUCAAAUAAAGUCUGACUGUUUUUUGGAAAACUGCACCAUGGAAGACAUGGACAACGCCUUGUCUUAUUUAGGAAGAGCAAAAGAUGGAACAUUAAAGUGGGCAAGUGUAAUAGAAAAUCAAAUCGAAGAACAAAAUAAAGUUGCUUUAAGCUAUUUUUCAAAAAGAGCUGAAGAAGUAAUCAAAGUAGACAAUGGCGUCACGCUGAGACAGUAUAUUUCAAAAGUGAAAGAAAUUGCACAAACUGCUAUCAAGAAGUCUGAAGUUAUUAUGCACAAAGCAGAAACAGACGACAAAAUAAUGAAGUUGGCUCAGGAACUGCAUUCUCUGUUAAUUGGUGUUAAAUCCAGUGAGCAGCUAUCUAAAGUAGCUCCAAAAAUAUUUUCAAUGAAACGACAAGUUCAGUCGUUGAAACAAUAUGAGGUUAUCUGUAAUCAGGUUCCGCAAACAAUAAAAAAACCACUUUCUGUUGACGUCAUAGAAAACAAACUUAGAGAAAUUGAGAAAAGACGAAAUAACAAUAAACCAAGUUCUUCGAUUAAGUCAAGUUCGACCAUUAAUCCUACUAGGAGAGACAUUAUGCCGUCUAUGCAACAAAGUAAGCUUGGGAAAACUCUUGAAACAAUAAAUAAUGAUCCUGACAAUGAAAAGUUUUCAUCGGAUCAAGACAAGUCAGCACCUCUUACUGAAGCAACUAAUGAACAAUCUAAUCCAAGAAAAACUGUGAACCGUGAUAUGAUCAAUAGAGAGAAUCAACCAACAAGUAGUCAAUACAGUCCGUUUACCUAUUGGAAUAACUACAUCAAAUAGACUUCAUAUGAAGAUGAAUUCAAAAUACACACAACUAAUCAGUACACUAAAGGCUUCCUGCUAAAAUAUCAAAAUUGAUAAUUUGCUGAAAUAAAAAUUUAAAAGGCUGUUCUUUUAGAUUUUUAAUUUACUUACGUUUCUUAUCAAUCACAGAAAGAUUCUGUUGAGCAGAUAA